GUCACAAUUUGAAGUACUAGUCUGUGGAUCGAAUGUUACGCUGCUCUGUAGCUAAGACUACUAGAAUAUAUCUUUUGUCUUAGCCGUACAUACUCUCUGCUCUUCGAGGGCAACCUCAAACAGUGCCUUGUCCUCACAUGUAUACCAGUCAUGGAACCCGUCUGCUAAUGGGCACGGACUGCCUACUCGACGUCGCCUGCGACAGCAGCAUAGCAAGUCCAAUGAUUCCUCAAUCCGGUAGUAAGGUCUCGCAACGUCCCACAGACAUUCUUUGGAUCGUGCACAAAGACAGACACCUGUCUCAUUACAUGGGCGGUGAGUCCAGCGAACCGACUUUUCUUGUGCAGUGUGUCGAGGCUCCCACCAGCAACACUCCACCACAGAAUUGCGACAGGCUCUUGGCUGGCCGUUUCCAUCUUCGAACAGGGAUAUCUGACAACGCGCUGUCAGGACUGAUUGAAUAUCAGACGAUUAUUCAACCUCGCCAGGAGCCGGUAGUGGAGGGUGGAGAUAACUGUACCUGGGCGUUGAAGCAGGAACCUUGCAAGAUCUGCAGAUACCGCACAACUGAAGGACCAUCCCGCCCAAUACUUCCAUCGCUCGUGAUUAUCCCAGCGGAACUGCUCGAUCCAGUACGUCUCCUCAAGCAGAAGAUAUCGGCAAUAUUCCUGGAAGAAGCACUGCUGAUUAGCCCAGUCGAGGAGAUUCUCGGCACUGCACAGGCGGAGAAUCUCAGUCCACAGCUCCGCGGGGAGGCGAUAAGCGGCCAUGAUGUGGCUGAAUACUCUUACUGUGUGCACGGAAAAACCUUCCGCGGCGAUAACCCUGGCCAGGUGGUGUGCUUGAAGGAGUUGCAGCACCAGGCGCACACCGUGCGCACCACAGGGCUGCGACCAGCACCAUGCAGGAUGAGAUACUUGAAGGAACGUACGAUUGAAAGCAUGCACGAGGAGGUCCCUGCACAAUGA